AUGCCUUCCAGGUGCCUCGGAUUCGAGGAUCCUGCGCUUGGACCAGCCAGAGACUGCACGUUUGCCCGUGAUGGACGUGGCGGCCGAGCACAUGUCAAGAAGACCUCUUCCGACGGGCGCUGCAUGUUCUGCAGCAUCCCUGCGCUGCAAAAAGCUUUCGAAUCACGUGUCGGCAAGGGGAACAUCGUAGCGCAACUGAAAGGCUGGCGAGAAGCGGGAUCUCCAACCUACGAGUUCGCAUUGGCCCACAGCUCGCUGGUUGCACUAGAUCCGGCACAGCUCCUUUGGCUUCGCUACAGUGCCGGAGAGCGUACCAAGUUUGACCUGCAGAACAGCUGGCUUCACAAGAAGAUGCAGCGCCUGACACACUUCGUGCUCGGACGCCCGGCCAUGAGAACUCCCAGAUUGAGCGAUGCUGCAGCGGCAUUCGUCAGGCACUGCCGCUAUUACGGGCAGAGGAACACCCCCGACGGCUACCCCAAGAACAACCAGUGGAUUGAGCUCGUUGGCAAGGAUGUCGUCAAGAUCAACGAUUAUGGGAAAGAGAUCAAGCACAAGAAGGCAUGGAAAGGACGGAGCCCAUGGAGCAUGCAAAAAACCGUGCGAGCGCAUCGCCAAGCAUGGUGGAGAGCGCAUCGGAAGAUCCGCGGGCUGUUGAUGGACAGCGUAAGCCGAGGACAACCUGUAUACCAACCACUGCUCAGUUGGGCGUUCGAGAACAAGGUAAUAAGGCCGGCCGGCUCGGUUAGGAAGAGGAAGCCCGAGAAGCCGCUUGAUGAACACCACCGCGGAAGGAUGCUUCAGCGCGUCAGCGAAGCUGCGAGCACCCGAGACCAGACAAGUCAGGGCGAUUUGCCGGCAGACCCUCUGGACGACAUGGAGAGUCCGAGCAGCCACUCCCAGUCCGCUUUGCCGGCUGACCCUCUACGGCAAGUGCCUCUGGACGACAUGGAGAGUCCGACCGGCCAACCCCAGUCCGCCUUGCCUCCAUCGGAGAUGAUGUCGACAGCCGACCUCCAAGAAACUGGUGGCAGUGGUGUGAUGGUGGAUCAUCACGACGGCCCGGGUGGCCUAGGCGCUUUUCAGUCUCGUCUUCUGGAGACGCUGCAGCAGGCACUGGUCCACCACCCAAAUCCCCAAGCCCGCGAUCUUCGAGGCCUGCGACGACGUGGCAAAGUGAUUGUUCUGAAUGGCGCACCCUAUCAAGGUACCAUGGUCGAACACCAUUUUCCAUGGGUCCCGACUAUGUACGUCGCAGGGAAGACGCCCUACGCAGCCUUCGAAGUGAUUCGCCUUGUGAUGGAAGAGAAAGUGCGACAAAGCCUGCUAACACAGGUACCUCCAGAACUUCACGUUUCUUGGCAACUCGGCAAGCCACCAGCAGAGGCCCCGCCGUCUCCGUGGAAACCAGUGGAUGGCCACCGUCUUUUGUGGAGCCAAUUUCAAGUGCAGCCUCCGGAAGCCCCUCGAAUCCGCGAGCACCUGAGCGGGUACCUACAGCAGACAUCAGAGAAGCCGCUGAAGUUUCGACUGGUGAUGCAAUGGGGCAUCUCUGCCUUCGAGAAAGCCUUCAACCAUGUUGGCAUCCGGCUGGAAGUUCCAGAUUUUCACUAUCCAAACUGUCUGGCCCGCAUCGUGCACAAUUUGGGCGCGGGCGAUAGCAGCAUACAUCGUGUGUGCAGCCUUCUGCACAACGUGCUUGGCGGCCGACCUAUCCAACUCAGAGAAUCAAACCAUCCAAUUUGUGCUUUCACCACCUGGCUGCGAGUGCAGCCAAACGUUGUUUUCAUCUAA